CUGGGCCCUGACCAGGAACGAGUGUCUGAGGAUGUUGCUGUAUCCUGGAGCCGAGAGAAGAAGGAUACCAAAUGGUCCUCAAACCCGCUGGGGCAAUCCCUCCCACUUCCGCCCAGUUGAUCGUCGGGGGGCGGGACAGGACAGCUCAGAUGUUAAACGUCUCUCCGGGCCAUUCCACACCCACUCACCCACAGGCCACUGAGGAAAAGGGGCCCAAGCGUAGGUGUAGGACCCAGGCUUCCGAGGGCGGGGAGAGUCGGCCAGGCAAAGGGGCUGGGCUAGGCCAGCCAGCCAGCCAGCAGGCCCCGCCCACAGCCCCGCCCCUAAGCCCCGGUCCCGUCCGCCGCGCCCGGGUAGCUCCGACAGACUUUGCUCUAUCUCCGGCUGGGAGCGGCAACAAGAGCAACAGGUGAGGCGGCCUCUCUGUCUGCGUGUGUCCGCCCGCGCCAGGCGCUCGGACCCUGUGGGCAGGAGAGGGUGGUGGGCAUCUCAGGAGUCCUGGUGGGGUCAGCUGCCCCGGGGCUCCCAGGAUCGAUACCCUCGUCGCGGGUCCCAACCCAGACUUCGAGUCUGCUCCCAGCCAGGCCCGGGUCUGCGGGAACCUCCACCGGGCCCUACCUGGGCCUCGAUGGAGCCCCACCCGCCGCUGUUGCAACCUUUCCUCUUACUGCUGCUGCUGCUGCCGGCGCUGCCGGCGGUGCCCGAGACUGGCGGGUCCUGGCAGUGCCGGCGCAUCCCGUAUGCUGCUUCCCGCGACUUUGCUGUGGAGUAUUCGGUGCCCAGCUUCUCCGCUGGUGGUCCGGUACAAGCCGUUGCAACCUACGAGGGCGGCAGGGAAGGGAGUGCGGUGUUCGUGGCCACACGCAAUCGCCUCCAUGUGCUUGGACCUGAUCUGAAGCCAGUUGAGAGCCUGGCCACCGGCCCUGCUGGGGCCCCUGGCUGCCAGACAUGUGCGGCCUGUGGCCCAGGCCCCCACGGCCCGCCGGGAGACACAGAUGCGCAGGUUCUGGUGUUGGAACCGGCGCUUCCCGCACUGAUCAGCUGUGGCUCCAGCCUUCGUGGCCGCUGCUUCCUGCAUGAGCUAGAGCCAGGCGGGACAACCCUGCACCUGGCGCCACCGGUCUGUCUUUUCUCAGAGCACAAUAGGCCAGAGGACUGUCCCGACUGUGUGGCCAGCCCCCUGGGCACCCUCGUGACUGUGGUUGAGCAGGGCCAGGCAUCCUAUUUGUACGUGGCAUCCUCACUGGAUUCGGCGGUGGCCGCCAGCUUCAGCCCACACUCGGUGUCCAUCCGGCGGCUCAAGGCCGACGGCUCAGGAUUCGCAGCAGGCUUCUCAGCGCUCUCGGUGCUGCCCGAGUACCUCGAUUCCUACCGCAUCGAAUACGUGUACAGUUUCCACGCCGGAGCCUUCGUCUAUUUCCUGACCGUACAGCCCACCGAAGUGGCAGCCGCUCCUGGCGCCUUGCACACGCGCCUGGCACGGCUCAGCGCUGUCGAGACCGACCUGGGCGACUACCGAGAGCUGGUCCUUGACUGCCAUUUCGCCCCUAAACGCCGGCGACGCACGGCCCAUGAGGGCGGGCAGCCCUACCCGGUGCUGCGGGCAGCCCACACUGCUCCGGUGGGCGGCCAUCUGGCCGCUGAGCUGAGCAUCCCUGAGGGCCAGGAAGUGCUCUUCGGGGUCUUCUCAGCUAGCAGAGACAGCAGCUCAGGUGCAGAUCCCAACUCUGUGGUCUGUGCGUUCCCCGUCCACCUGCUGGACACUCUCAUCGAGCAGGGCGUAGAGCGCUGUUGUGAGCCUCCGGUCCCUCCCGGCCUCCGGCGAGGGCUGGACUUCUUCCAGUUGCCCAGUUUUUGCCCGGAUGCGCCUGGUCUGGGGGCCUCCAGCCCCAACAUCAGCUGCCGCCACUUCCCUCUGCUCGUCAGCAGAAGCCUCUUACGGGUGGACCUAUUCAACGGGCUGCUGGGACCAGUGGAGGUCACGGCACUGUACGUGACCCGCCUCGACAACGUCACAGUGGCCCACAUGGGCACAGCCGACGGGCGCAUCCUGCAGGUGGAGCUGGCCAGGUCUCUCAACUACUUGCUGUACGUGUCCAACUUCUCACUGGGCACCAAUGGUCAGCCCGUGCAUCGGGGUGUCAGACGCCUUGGGGACCACCUGCUCUUUGCCUCUGGGGACCAGGUCUUCCAGGUACCGAUCCGGGGCCCUGGCUGCCGCCACUUCCUCACCUGUGGGCGCUGCCUGCGGGCACAGCGUUUCAUGGGCUGUGGAUGGUGUGGGGGCAUGUGCGGCUGGCAGAAGGAAUGUCCUGGCUCCUGGCAACAGGACUAUUGCCCACCCGAGCUUACUGAGUUCUAUCCCAGCAGUGGACCCCUAAGGGGCAGCACAAGGCUGACCCUAUGUGGCUCCAACUUUUACCUGUACCCUGCUGGUCUGGUGCCUGAAGGCACCCAUCAGGUCACUGUGGGUCGAAGUCCCUGCCGACUGUUACCGAAAGGCAACUCAGACCUCAGCCGACUGCCCCGGAAGGACUUCAUAGAGGAUUUUGAAUGUGAGCUGGAGCCCUUGAGCACGCAGGUAGCCGGGCCUGCCAACGUCAGCCUCACUGUGACCAACAUGCCACUGGGCAGGCACUUCCGGAUAGAUGGCACUUCCAUGCUAGGAGGCUUCUCUUUCAUGGAGCCAGUGCUGACAGCAGUCCGACCCUUCUUUGGCCCUCGGGCAGGAGGUACCUGCCUCACCCUUGAAGGCCGAGGCCUGUCUAUUGGCACUAGCCAGGCUGUGCUGGUCAAUGGGACUGAGUGCCCGCUGAAACAGGUCAGCGAGGGGCAGCUUUUAUGCACCACGCCCCCUGGGGCCGCUACUGCCAGCGUUCCCAUUCGCCUGCAGGUAGGGGGCGCCGAGGUGCCUGGCUCUUGGAACUUCCACUACCGGGAAGACCCCAUCGUCCUGGGCAUCAGCCCCAAAUGUGGCUAUACCGGCUCCCACGUCACCAUCCGUGGUCAGCAUCUGACUUCAGCAUGGCACCUCACGCUGUCAUUCCAUGAUGGGGUCAGGGCAGUGGAGAACAGGUGUGAGGGGCAGCUCCCGGAGCAACACAGGUGCCGCUUGCCCGAAUACGUGGUCCGAGGCCGCCGAGGGUGGGUGACAGGGAACCUGAGUGUCCGUGGGGAUGGAGCCCCUGGCUUCACACUGCCUGGCUUUCGCUUCCUGCCUCCACCCCACCCACCCAGCAAGGGCCUGGCCCCCCUGAAGCCUGAGGAGCAUGCCAUUAAGUUUGAGUACAUCGGGCUGGGCGCUGUGGCCGACUGCGUGGCUAUGAAUGUGACUGUGAGUGGCAAGAGCUGCCAGCACGAGCUGCGGGGGGAUGUGGUGGUCUGCCCCCUGCCCCCCUCCCUGCAACUUGGCAAGAAUGGUGCUCCACUGCAGGUCUGCGUGGAUGGUGGGUGCUCCACCCUGGGCAAGGUAGUGCGGCCAGGUCUGGAAGGGGUCCCCCAGAGUACGCUCCUCGGGGUCCUCCUGGCUCUGCUCCUGCUUGUGGCUGUGCUGGCUGCCAUACUGGUCCUCGGUUACCGCCGGAGGAAGCAGCUAGUUCUUUCUCGGAACCUGGAAGACUUGGCCUCCCUGGACCGGACCACUGGAGCCAUGCCUCUGCCUCUGCUCCGCUCAGGCUCUGACUACAGAAAUGGCCUUGCCCCUCCUAUCACUGGCCAGGAUUCCUCCACUCAGGUCCACAGAAUAUCCUCCUCAGACAGCGGGGAUGGGUCCCGUGUCCCACUGCUGCGGAAAGGAUCCAUCCAGCUUGGGGACCUGGACUCUGUGCUCCUGGCUGAGGUCAAGGAUGUACUGAUUCCCCAUGAAAGGGUGGUCACCCAUGCUGACCGAGUCAUUGGCAAAGGCCAUUUUGGAGUUGUCUACCAUGGAGAAUACACAGAUGAGGCCCAGAAUCGAAUCCACUGUGCCAUCAAGUCCCUGAGUCGCAUCACAGAGGUGCAGGAGGUGGAGGCCUUCCUGCGAGAGGGGCUGCUCAUGCGCCGUCUGCACCACCCGAACGUGCUGGCUCUCAUCGGCAUUGUGCUGCCCCCGGAAGGACUGCCCCGCGUGCUGCUGCCCUACAUGCGCCAUGGAGACCUGCUGCAGUUCAUCCGCUCACCCCAGCGGAAUCCCACAGUAAAGGACCUCAUCAGCUUCGGCCUGCAGGUGGCCCACGGCAUGGAGUACCUGGCCGGGCAGAAGUUUGUGCACCGGGACCUGGCUGCUCGGAACUGCAUGCUGGAUGAGUCAUUCACGGUCAAGGUGGCUGACUUUGGUCUGGCCCGUGACGUCCUGGACAAGGAGUACUACAGUGUCCAGCAGCACCGCCACGCUCGCCUGCCUGUCAAGUGGAUGGCACUGGAGAGCCUGCAGACCUACAGAUUCACCACCAAGUCCGACGUGUGGUCCUAUGGUGUACUGUUAUGGGAGCUGCUUACGCGGGGUGCCCCUCCAUACCCCCACAUCGACCCUUUCGACCUCACUCACUUCCUGGCCCAGGGUCGGCGCCUGCCCCAGCCUGAGUAUUGCCCAGAUUCUCUGUCGACCUAGAAAGGGACCCUCUCUGAGGCUCAGUUUCCUCAUCUGUGGACUGGUUUCACCAGCAUCGGGGCUUGGUGCUAGAAGGAGAUCAUGGUUGCCAUGGUAACAGCAUUCUUAACUCAGAGUCUGGGUUGAGGCCAGUGAUUUCAUUUCCCAGCACUCCUCUCCCCACAAUCCCCACCAAGGGGGGCUGUUUUUCAUCGCUUCCACUUACUUAACCUCAAGGAAAGGUUCCAUUAGCUCCCACACUAAGCCCCCUCCACAUCUCCAGAUCAAAAAUUGUUUUUCACUGGAUAUAGUUUCGGAUUCCCUGUUCCCGGAGGCCUGGCAGCAGCUGUGUUUCAUCAGUGCCUGUUGGGUGGUUUAGCUUCAUAAGCAGCACGCAUGCCUUAGCCAUGCUCAGGUCUUUGAGGUUAGAACGGGAAGAACCAGGUCACAGGUAAAGGUGGCUAAUGAUUCCUGUCUCACUCAGCUCGUGUUCCAGAAGGGUAUGAGUAACCCUUCCUCACAGCCCUGCCUGCCUUGCUUUUGCUUUUCAUUAUUUAUUUCACCAAUGCAUCUGCUUCAAAGUCAGGGAAAUUAACUUCUGCCUCCGGGUCAGGCUCCCUGAAACAGACUCUGAGAUGGAGAUUUACAUGCAGGUGGUUGAUUCCUAGGUUGGGGGCAAGGGAAGCAGAACUAGGUAGGCAGAGAAGUAGAGCUGUGAUGCAGACGUAAAAGAGGCUGCUGUCCAUCCCCCGGGAUCUCUGGAAUUGGGAUGGCCCUUCAGAGUUUUCUGAAAUUGAGACCCAGAGGCCCGGGUCUUUGCACCAGACAUACAUCAGUCACUGCUUACAGCUGUCCAGGAGGAAGGAGUGUGAGCCUGGAGGAGGCAUUUCUUUUCUGCCUAGGGCAAUUCCUAGAGGGGACCUCAGUCAAGAGCUAUCAGCAACCACAGGGAGAAUGAAGGGGGCCAUGCCACCAUCCUCUAAACCAGGGGAAGUCCAUUGUCUCUGGGCUUCAGUUUCCUCAUCUGUAGAGUUAGAGUGAUCACAGUACCUCCCGCAGAGGUCUGAGAAUUAUAUGAGAUUAUCAUGUGUAGGGCACUUUUAGUAUCAUUUAGGGCAGGGAUGACAUUUCCAAGAUAAAGGGGCAUGUAUUAGGACCCACCAGACAAACACAAAGAAACUGCUUGGGAUCCAUGGUGCCAAAGAAAGUGAAAGAAAAGUGAAAGUGUUAGUUGCUCAGUCAUGUCUGACUCUUUGCAACCCUGUGGACUGUAGCCCACCAGGCUCCUCUGUC